ACUGUUUCCAAUUCUUGUUAGUAAUUUGUUAAGCUUCAAUUCUUUAAAAUACUAAUAUAGAUUCCAAUAGAUUCAAUUUUUUUAUUAUCCAGAUCAUUUAACGGAUCCGAUCCGAUCCGAUCCAACCUCAUAAAACUCGCUGAAUUUCUGUGCUAAGAGAUCUGGUUGGGAUUGAGAGCCAGAUUAGUGGGAUUUUAGAUGAUAUGCAAUACCUACAUCAGGAGUGUGAUUUCUCAAACCAGAAUAUUAUCUGGGACAAGGUGGUCUCAAUCGAGCAAUAUAUUCGUCACGAGGAGAUUACAUGCGUCUCUCCACCUAAAUUCUUGCUUUAGUCGUCGUAAAUCAUUAAUGAAUCUUAGUAUGAUGAUGGAUUCGGGUUCAACCAAACGUGGAUCCACUGUUGAUGUUCUAGCUGAUGAGGGUGGUGGAUGUAUUAGUGGAGGUUGGAAAAGUGAAGACGGAAAAUUGAGCUGUGGGUACUCAAGUUUCAGGGGAAAGAGAGCAACUAUGGAAGAUUUCUACGAUAUUAAAAAUACCAAGAUUGAUGGGAAACGUGUUUGCAUGUUUGGAAUCUUUGAUGGUCAUGGUGGUUCCCGAGCUGGUGAGUAUUUGAAGGAGCAUCUAUUUGAUAAUCUAAUGAAGCAUCCACAAUUCUUGGAGAACACAAAAGUGGCUAUAAGUGAAACAUAUAAACAGACCGAUGUGGACUUCUUAGACUCUGAAAAGGAUUCCUACAGAGAUGAUGGUUCUACUGCAUCAACAGCAGUUUUAGUCGGCAACCAUCUAUAUGUUGCCAAUGUUGGAGAUUCAAGGACUGUGAUGUCAAAAUCCGGAAAUGCAAUACCUCUUUCUGAGGAUCAUAAACCAAAUAGAGUUGAUGAACGGAAGAGAAUUGAAAGUGCUGGUGGUGUAGUAUUGUGGGCAGGCACAUGGAGGGUAGGAGGUGUAUUAGCUAUGUCACGAGCUUUUGGUAACCGCAUGUUGAAACAAUUUGUCGUUGCUGAACCCGAGAUCCAGGACCUGAAAAUAGAUGAAGAAUUUGAGUUGCUUGUGCUGGCAAGUGAUGGGAUAUGGGAUGUCAUACCAAAUGAGGAUGCUGUUUCACUUGCUCAAGCUGAAGAAGAACCUGAGACUGCAGCCAAAAAGUUAACAGAGGCUGCUUUUACGCGUGGCAGUGCUGACAACAUAACGUGUAUUGUAGUCCGAUUCCAUCAUGAUAAGGCGGUUCCAAUAGCAUAAUUAGUAAUUGACAUUUAAAAUUGCAUGUCUAGAUUCAUGGAUGCUGCUGAAGGGAAUCUAGUUUUGAAAUGUAUGCAUACCUGAUAGUUGAAUGUGCAUAUGAACGAGGCCAUUUGUUUAUUCAUUGUUGUGUUUCUCAAUUUGUUGUGCAAUAACAAUCACGGACUUAGAGUCCAUUGUUAUCUUACAAAGCCUUUUCAUUCAA